GGCGGGGCUUAGUACAUCCUCGGGGCUGAAGAUGGCGGCGCGGAGAGUGUCGUGUGUUUUUCUCCUCCUCCUGCGGGGUUGCCUGGUGCUGGCGGUGGAGCUGACAACACUUCACACCAAUCCCGAGGUUCAGGAGUAUCAGAGAGUGGAACUUUCCUGUAUCAUCAAAAACAGCAACACCAACGACCCGCGCAUCGAAUGGAAGAAGACGCGCAACAACGAGACCACCUACGUCUACUUCGAGAACACCAUCCAAGGGGAUUUGAGGGGUCGCGCUGAGUUGCAGUCGCAGAGCUCGUUGGUGAUAUACAAUGCCAGUCGCACGGACACCGGGAUGUAUCGCUGUGAAGUCGCCGCUGUGGAAGAUCAGAAGAAUUUGGCGGAGAUUAUUAUUAAUCUGACUGUGAAAGUGAAGCCGGUGACUCCGCAGUGCCGAGUGCCCAAGUCUGUCCCGGUGGGAAAGUCGGCGGUUCUGCGUUGCCAGGAGACGGAGGGGUACCCCAGCUCUGUGUACAGAUGGUAUCACAAUGGCUCCCGUGUUUAGGAUGAUGAAACUUUUGGCUACAACGAUCUGACGUUCUCCGCGCGUGUUUUGCAGGUAUUCGCCGCGGUCAAUAAAGGAGACAUGGGGCAAUACUACUGCAUAGCCAGUAACGCCGCCGGCUCCGCCCAGUGCGACUCUCAGCUCAUGGAAGUGUAUGACCUGAACAUUGGCGGCAUUGUUGGAGGGAUCCUGGUGGUGGUGGUGGUGCUGGUCUUGAUCACCGUUGGCAUUUGUUGUGCCUAUCGGAAAGGUUACUUUUCCAGCAGCACUAGAAGCAGCGGACAAAGCUACAAGAAUCCUGUGAAGCCCGACGCGCUGAACUACCUGCGGUCCAACGAUGAGGGGGAUUUCCGCCACAAAUCUUCCUUCAUCAUCUGAGUCUUGGCGCCGGGAAGAAGCUUCGCGGAGUAACGUCGCGCACUGAGACGGAGGAGACCGCACUUCACUACGACAUGUUUCAAGUGUUGCCAAAGUCCAAGCGCCCCCAUCCCCCGCCGCGCGCGUGUGUGUGGUGGGGGUGGGGGUGGGGGGGGUGCGUCUGCACCGUUUACAGCAUUAGCCGGAUCACUGCCAAAUAUAAAGCGUUCUUCAUUUUCAGGAAUUCACUGAAACUGCCGAAAGUUGUCACAAGAAAUGAAGUCACUUCAUC